UGUUAGUUCAGCAUCAGUCGGCUUACAAGGUGGUACCCUCCUGGACGACUUCGCGCUACCAUUUUUUUUUGUGUGGGAAAAAAAGAGCAAAAACUUUGUGUAUUAAUUUUAUGGUCUGUUGUUUGUUUGAUUAGUUGUUUGCAACAUUAAGUGCGCGGUUUACACUAGAAUCGCAUCAGCGUGACUGUUGUUGUUGUCAAACGGUGUGUGUUGACGCGAAGAUAGCUGUUGUGUUGUUGAUGAUCAGCAAAAUCUAGAGGUUUCCCUAGGGUUCGUGCAUUGAAGUUGUUCGAUCUGCUGGGCCCUCGUCGACUAGAUCGAUCAUGAUCGAGAUCGCGCAAAUGUAACUUCGUGUGUACGUGUUUCGUUGUGUUAGUGUUGCUGCUGCUUUUGCUGUAAGAAGAGAGUGAGUGAAGAAUAGCUAGCUUACCUGUUCUGCUUAAGCUUGUUCGGCUUGCGGCUGGUUUCUUCUUCUCGGUGGUUCGUACAUCUUUUUGGGUUCUUCGGGUUUCCGUCGGACGCCGCUGGAGCAAGGUGUACACACAUGUAAUUACCGAUCUUCCUCGAGGAGGCAGAGAGGAACCUAGGAACGUGUUGGGUGUGUUGCUGAACAAAGUGUGGUGAAGAGGUGAAAUGAAAACGGAGUGCUUUUAGAGGGCCGAUUCCAGCGCAUGAAGGGGUUCGGAUUUGGGAACCAUGUGUACCGAGAUGGCCUCCGGUGGCCACCAGGAAGAAUCGAUGGUGGGAUCGAGAUGUGAUCUGGAAUCUUAACUUCAAAGAAGAGCUCAAUUCGUGGUGACCUGCCAGCUGGUGACCCCUUGGAGACCCUGUACCGCAAGGGGGCCAACGAUUGUGAUAGCCGCGAGAAACGGCGGAACAAACGGCGCAAAAAAAAAAUCGUCGACGAGUUAUACGACUCUAUUAUACAAUGUAUUUAGAGCUCACGGCUAAUUAGUAAUUCAAUUGCGAAGUCAAAGCAGAGAGCGUGUUUGGAGUAUUGGAGCACUAGACGGAGAUUUGAGGUUAGAAAAAUAGAGACCCCCCCUCGCCGUUGAACCGUUGACGUUUGGACGCACGGAGGGAAAAAAAGCUCGUUUUGUCGAGAUCCGAGAGACCGUGAAAUGGAAAACGAAACGAAGCUCGUGUUCUUGAAAUUUUGAUUGUUUUAAAUUGAAUCCCAUUAACGACGAUUGUGAGAGGAAGAAAAAACCACCCCCCGAAAAAAAUAAAUAAAGUUAAUAAUAAUAAUCACAAUUCUUUGUGCGUGUGAGUGACAAGAACGUGGCGCGAAAAGAUUUGCACAAACAGGUGUAUUUUGUGUGUGUGUACGGUGGUCAGUGAUUAGUGGCUGUCGGAGUUUGGUGUCAAAAUGACGACGAAAAAAAAGGGUGGAACGGCGCUGGCCGUCGCCGGACUGCUGAUUUUGGUGCAGCUGGUUGGAUUUGGAAGCUGCUAUCUGAAGGAUUACAUCCACAAACAGGAGGACAACGAAAUGAGAGUCUGCAUCGGAACGAAUGGGCGCAUGUCGGUGCCGUCGAACCGGGAGUACCACUACAAGAACCUGCGCGAUCGCUACACCAACUGCACGUACGUGGACGGCAACCUGGAGAUCACCUGGAUCCAGAACACCUCGUACGACCUGGGCUUUCUGCAGCACAUCCGCGAGGUGACGGGGUACGUGCUGAUCAGCCACGUGGACAUUCCGCAGGUGAUCCUGCCGCGGCUGCAGAUCAUCCGCGGCCGGACGACGUUCAAGCUGAACAAGUGGGAGGACGAGUUUGGGCUGUUUGUGUCGUUCUCGCAGAUGAACACGCUGGAGAUGCCCGCGCUGCGGGAUAUUCUGGGGGGAUCCGCUGGGAUCUUCAACAACUACAACCUGUGCCACGUGAAGACAAUUCGAUGGGAGGAGGUGCUGUCUGACCCCAAGGCCAACUACCGGUACACGUACAACUUCACCUCGCCGGAGCGGGACUGCCCGCCGUGUCACCACAGCUGCGAGGCCGGAUGCUGGGGCGAGGGUGCGCACAACUGUCAGAAGUUCAGCAAACUGAACUGCUCUCCUCAGUGCUCGCAGGGCCGCUGCUUCGGGUCGAAGCCGCGCGACUGCUGUCACUUGUUUUGCGCCGGAGGCUGCACCGGCCCCACCCAGAAAGACUGCCUAGCCUGUAAGAACUUUUACGACGACGGGGUGUGCAAGCAGGAGUGCCCGCCGAUGCAGCGCUACAACCCCACCAACUACCUGUGGGAGCCCAAUCCAGAGGGUAAGUACGCGUACGGCGCCACCUGCGUGCGCAACUGCCCGGAACAUCUGCUCAAGGACAACGGAGCGUGCGUACGGACGUGCCCGCCGAACAAGAUGGCCCAGAACGGUGAGUGCGUGCCGUGCAACGGCGCCUGUCCCAAGACCUGCCAGGGCGAAGGCAUCGUCCACUCGGGCAACAUCGACAAGUACAAGGACUGCACCAUCAUCGAGGGCUCGCUGGAGAUUCUGGACCAGACGUUCGACGGCUAUCAGCAGGUGUUUUCGAACUUUUCGUUCGGCCCGCGCUACAUCAAGAUCCACCCGGACCGGCUGGAGGUGUUUUCGACGCUAAAGGAGAUCAGUGGGUUUAUCAACAUUCAGGGAUACCAUCCGGACUUUAAGAAUCUGUCGUACUUCCGGAAUUUGGAGGUGGUCGGAGGUCGCCAGCUGAAGGAGAACCUGUUCGCGUCGGUCUACAUCGUGAAGACCUCGCUGCGCUCGCUGGAGCUCAAGUCGCUGAAGCGCGUCAACUCGGGCGCGAUCGUCAUCCUGGAGAACGACCACCUGUGCUACGCGCAGGAGAUCGACUGGGGCAAGAUCAAAAAGUCCGCCGACCACGAGAGCGUCAUCAUGUCGAACCGGAACACGACCGUUUGCCAUAACGAAGGUAUGUUCUGCGACGAGCAAUGCACGGCCGCGGGCUGCUGGGGCAAGGGCCCCGAGCAGUGCCUCGAGUGCAAGAACUUCCACUACGAGGGCAAGUGCCUGGACAGCUGCAAGAGUCUGCCAAAGAUCUACCAGGUCAACUCGAAGAGCUGCGGCGACUGCCACCCGGAGUGCGCCAACUCGUGCUACGGCCCGAACGCCGACAACUGCGGCUCGUGUGUGAACGUCAAGGAUGGGAAGUUCUGCGUGUCCGAGUGCCCCGCGACCAAGUACAACAUGAACGGAACCUGUGUGGCGUGCCACAAGACGUGCAUCGGAUGUACGGGACCGCGCGAUACGAUCGCCGUCGAUGGGUGCAUUUCGUGCGAUCGUGCGAUUAUGGAGAGCGACGGAACGGUGGAGCGCUGCCUGAUGAAGGACGAACCGUGUCCAGAUGGUUACUACAGCGAACGCGUCGAGCAGGACGAGGGGCCACUGAAGCAGCUGUCGGGCAAGUCCGUGUGUCGGAAGUGUCACCCGCGGUGCAAGAAGUGCACCCAGUACGGAUUCCACGAGCAGGUCUGCCAGGAGUGCUCCAAGUACAAGCGGGCCGAGCUAUGCGAGGACGAGUGCCCGGGCGAUCACUUUGCGAACGAAACCACGCGCGAGUGUCUGCCGUGCCACUCGGAGUGCCGCGGGUGUCGCGGGUUCGGCGAGGACCAGUGCGUCGAGUGUAGGAAUCUGAAGAUCUACGAGGGUGGCGAUCCGGUGGAUAACUCGACGGCGUUCAACUGCACGGCGAGUUGCCCGGCGGCCUAUCCGUACAAGCACUUCCCGGUGGAGGCCAGCAAAAUUGGGCCGUACUGUUCGCCGGAGCAGAUCCAGAGCGGGUUCCGGCUGGAGGCGUCGACGACGCCGUUGUUUUUGCUGGUGGCGUUGGCGUGUGCGGUGUUUUUGGCGUUGGCAUUGUGUAUGGUAGCGAUGUAUUGCAGGCAGAAGAACAAGAAAGACGCGGUGAAGAUGACGAUGGCGUUGGCAGGGUGUGAGGAUUCGGAGCCGCUGCGGCCGACCAAUGUGGGACCGAAUCUGACCAAGUUGAGGAUCAUCAAGGAGGCGGAGAUUCGACGGGGUGGAGUUUUGGGGUGUGGCGCGUUUGGCCGAGUUUGCAAGGGAGUUUGGAUGCCGGAGAAUGAGAGCGUCAAGAUUCCGGUGGCGAUCAAGGUGUUGACGGAGGUUUCCGGGGCGGAAUCGAGCAAGGAGUUCUUGGAGGAAGCUUACAUUAUGGCUUCGGUGGAGCAUCCGAACUUGCUGAAGCUGCUGGCGGUUUGCAUGACCUCGCAAAUGAUGUUGAUCACGCAGUUGAUGCCGCUGGGCUGUCUGCUGGAAUACGUGCGGAACCACAAGGAUAAGAUCGGCUCGAAGGCGCUGCUAAACUGGUCAACGCAGAUCGCUAGGGGAAUGUCUUACCUGGAGGAACGCCGGCUGGUUCACCGUGAUUUGGCCGCUCGUAACGUGCUGGUUCAGACGCCUUCCUGUGUCAAGAUCACCGAUUUUGGAUUGGCAAAAUUGCUUGACUACGAUUCGGACGAGUACCGAGCGGCCGGAGGAAAGAUGCCCAUCAAGUGGUUGGCCCUGGAGUGCAUCCGGCACCGCGUGUUCACCAGCAAGAGUGACGUGUGGGCGUUCGGCGUGACCAUUUGGGAACUGUUGACGUACGGCUGCCGACCGUACGAGAAUGUCGCUGCUAAGGAUGUCCCAGAACUGAUUGAAAUUGGACACAAGCUGCCGCAGCCGGACAUUUGCUCGCUGGACGUGUACUGCAUUCUGCUUUCUUGCUGGGUACUGGACGCGGACGCCCGUCCAUCGUUCAAGACCCUGUCGGAAACGUUCGCCGAGAAGGCACGCGAUCCGGGUCGAUACCUGAUGAUCCCCGGAGAUAAAUUCAUGAGACUGCCGUCCUACACCAACCAGGACGAAAAGGACCUGAUCCGCACGUUGGCACCGGCUCCCGACAUCCCCGGAACGGUCGUCGAAGCCGACGAAUAUCUGCAACCGAAGACUCGACCCGCCCUCAUGGUCCCGGCUCCUCCCCACCAUCACCACAGCCAGGACCACAACCACCAUCACCACCACCAGCCCAACGGUGACCUGCCCAAAUCCCUUCGAUACUGCAAAGAUCCGCUCAAGCCGGACGACGAAACGGACGGCAACACGCGCGAGGUCGGCGUCGGAGGACUCCGGCUGAACCUGCCCCUCGACGAGGACGACUACCUGAUGCCAACUUGCCAAAGUCAAGCCCCGUCGGUGCCCGGCUACAUGGACCUCAUCGGUGUCCCCGCCAGCGUCGACAACCCCGAGUACCUGAUGGGAUCGGCGGCCAACGUGAGCACCGGCCUCCCAACUCCACCACCAGUCAUGCUGCAACAGCAAGGCAGCAGCCCCUUCAACCCGCCCCAAACGCCCACUAGUGUAAAUAGCUUACCGUGCAGCACCAUCUCGGCGGCGCCGACCACAAUUGUCGGUAACAACAACAACAACAACCCGGCCGCCAGCAACGCCAACAACAAGACCGAGGCCAUCCAGAUGCAGGCGGCACCGCCCACCCAAACCCUCGGCAUCCCGCUGUCCCCCACGGAGACGGAGAGCACGUCCGAGCACGAGUACGUCAACGACCUGCAGCGGGAGCUGAUUCCGCUCCAUCGGAACGAAACGACGGUCUAGUUGUUACUACCUUUUAAACGUGUACAGAACUGAUCUUCCAUUUAAAACGUCAAAUAGUGAAACAAAAAAGUUAGGAGAUUUUCAAGCAUCGAAUCGCAGAAACCCCCGCCUACUUGAUAGCAAUUUUACACACACACACACACUCUAUAAAGAAUAGGAAAAAGUUCAAAUUGUUCUACUCGUAAGUGCCUUCAAUACAUUUUAAACUCGUGUGUAAGCGAUCGGAGGAUCAAAUCAAGCGUGCCUUUAUCAACGUGUGCAAGAUGGUCGUUUGCGGCCACUUGUGCAUCAAUUGUACAUAGAGUCGUAGAUAGUGAUAAGAUAAAGAGGGAGAAAAAACUAAAUAUUUAAACUCUGACAUAGCUGGCUAGCCGUUAGGUGUGUAGUAGUACUUAAGGGUCCUGGCGAGAGGAGGCAAGGUUUUGCGAAUAUGUAUUAAUCAACAAACCACGCGCGAGCGAGAGUGUGAGACAAGUACAACGUGAAAUUGGCGCGCGCAACAGAGCAGCAUGCUGGAAUCGAAAGUUUUAUAAAUUUCAAUUAAAAAUACCUGUGAUAUUAUUUUUAAAAUCGAGUGCGUAAAUUUUUUAACUAAACUAAGUUUUCUUCCAAGACUUUGAUUCGAAAGCAAGAGAAAAAUGAGGGAGCAAAAAGAAUGCGAGCAAUAGCGAAUAGCCGAUAGAGACAAAUUUUGAUUUCAUAAAACGAAGCAACAAAAAAGCAUCAACUUAACGAGAAAGCAAUUAAUACAACGAAUACUGUAACUAGCGAAUAACUAAAAACAGAGUAAACGAUAAUAAUGCAACGGAUACUUCUCAAAGCACUUAAAAGCCCCCCAAAACCCAUACAACAAAUAGCAAUAGCACACACUCAAAUACAUCCACACAAACCUACUUAAAGAAAGCAGUACGAACAACGACUUUCGGAAUCUCUCCUCAAAACAAACCACAAAAAUCAAACCAACAACAAAACUGUCGUCUGUUUUUAUUUUUAGUUUUCUGGCCGCGUACUAUUCCUAUGACUUUUUAGUAACACUUUUACUUUUGUGUAACUUUUUGUAAAUAUAUCGUCCGCGCGAAUUGUACAUAAGCGAAAGUUCUACUUAAAUCUACUUUUUCCCUACAAACAAACAAAAUCCAACCCCCCCCCCCCCCUUCCCCUUUAAGUUUUUGUUAAACCGGUGUACAAUCCGUAAACGACAAUUUAGUGGUUUAAAAAAUGAGUUUUUACCCUAUAUAUUGUAAGAUAAAGUUGAAAUGUAAUAAACACACAAAACUAUUGGAAUUGUUAAAAUGUGCCAUGUUUCGUGCAUGAAAGUGUGGAAGAAGCGGCGCGGAUAAGGCGCCGACUUGUUCCGUAUAUUAUUAUUCCAACAGCAGGUUCAUGUGAAUAGAAAGAUGGGACUUGAAUGGUAGAUUGUGUAAAAAUAAACUUUAGGAGGAGUAUAUGGAUAUAAAAGAAAAAUAAUAAAAAAGGAAAGGCUAUACGACGAAAAUAUAGGAUAAUAUCGGGCACAUCUUUUACAUAGCUAGACAGUGGAUGUAUUGGAGGUUUAUUUGUUGAAAAUUUAAGUUAUAUAUGUAUUUUGAAAAAUUCGAAUAAAAUAUUCAAAUAAUAAAAAAAA